GUAAAGAUAAUAGCAUUGAUAUGUAUGACACAUAAAACUAACGGUGUAUUUGGUGCCGAUAUUUGUGAGGAAACGUAUGUCGAUUCGGUUUUCAUGAUCAGAGACGGCAUAAAUGUUCGCCGAAGUGACCAUUUGUGGCACUAUUCGUAUGACUUUAAGUUGAUUAGUGUUGACAACCAAAUACAGAAACUCAGACAUUUGUUGAACAACAAUAAAACCAUCGGACAUGUCUUAAGUGGUUUGUACGUCCCGGAGAUCAAUUGCAACGACAACGACAAUAUGGUUAAAGCGAUUGAGUCAGCAGUCGAUGACAAUGAGAUUAUCAAUUGUACGACAUGUCGAAGAUGGCACACAAACCUAUUGCUUGUCAUUUACAGAGACGACAAAAUAGCUGACGAUUGUUUUGCCUUUAAACAAGUGGUUCCGGUCACCAAUCAAAUUAGGGAUAUUCAGGACACAAACUUUCACAAUGGUUGGCAAACUAACGGCACAAUUACUCAACGAAUAAUACCUAUCGAUUGGGGCAAACUUCAGGACACUAUCGCUAUGUAUUACGAACCAAACAAUUAUCAGAUAUUUAUGAUCUUAAAUAAGUCUCCGAAAGACAAUCGCCAAUCGUCGGCACUGUUCUGGACGUCACUGAAUACCGUUAAUUGGAUAAAGUAUCUGAAACAGAGUGCUUUGGCCGAUGAUCUCACAUACAAUGGUUUUAUAAGGUAUCAAAAUCAGGUGUACGCUGUGGCCGAACCCUAUGGCUAUCACAAGACUAGACGAGGUCCGAGUCAACUGUAUCUGUUUGACCCGAUUAGCAAAACGCUAACAAAACAUGUUAGCAAAUCUAACGGAUACUGA